AUGAAGACCAGGAACUAUUUGGCUCUCAGGACAGCGACUGGUGACUCAGUGAUAAAUAGCGACUGGGUGAUCGACAGGCCAGGACAGUUCUACGCCGUGGGUACUCAGCUCACUUACAAGCGGCCCAACGAGAUACGCAGCAGAGCGGGAGAAUCCAUCACUGCUCCUGGCCCGACCAAUCAGGAGCUGCAUCUCUUUGUUAUUUAUCAGCAACCCAAUCCAGCAGUGUAUUAUGAAUACAUUCUACCUAAAGACCCUAUCAACGAAAAUCAUUCAGAUGCAUACUCUUACUCCAGUGUACUUCCUCUGAUAGAGAGUCAUGGAAUAUUUCCUGAUCCUGGCAACAGUGACAGUGAAAACUCAUUAAGCAGCCCUCAUCCUAACCAGGUUCCAUCUGACCCGAUAACCCCUGAACCGGUUCCUCUGUACAGCUGGGUUGCCAUUACAACUACACCCUGCAGCGUCACCUGUGGAACGGGCAGUCGUCAAGUUCUGUUCGGCUGUGUGGAAAGAGCCACUCAAACUAAUGUACCCGGGGACCUCUGUGGCUUCACCGGUCAUCCUGGCCCUCAGGUAGAAGAGUGUCGAUCGCAACCUUGCCCGGCUUUCUGGGAUGUUGGGGAGUGGUCUGAGUGCAGUAAGACCUGUGGUCCAGGGUUUCAGUAUCGUCAGGUGAUUUGCCAGCAGGUGCAAGGACACCAUGGCAAUAGCACAGUCAUUGUGGCGGCCAGCCUCUGCGAUUACACAGAAAUGCCAGAGGCGACCACCGUGUGCCAGCUCAAGAUCUGCAGUGAGUGGCAGAUCCGCUCCGAGUGGACAGAGUGCUCAGUGCCGUGUGGAGUAGGUCAGCGUAAAAGAGAAGUUGUGUGUGUGGAUAACCUGGGUGACAUCGUUGCUGAUGAAGAAUGCAACAUGGCUCUUCGUCCACAGGACCUGGAGAACUGUGACAGAGGAGUAUGUGCCAGCAGCUGGUUCUACUCUCUCUGGAGUGACAGGUGUUCUGCAGACUGUGCGAAAGGAAGUCGCAGCCGGUCCGUGGUGUGUAUGAUGAGUCAGACCAACUCACUGCCACUAGACAACUGCGAAGAUGAGGAUAAACCUGACGAGCUCAUUUCCUGUGACCUGGGACCCUGCACACAGAGACUGGAAUGGUACACAGGACCGUGGGGACAGUGCUCAUCUGAAUGUGGCAAUGGCACCCAGAGUCGCGGUGUGGCCUGCGUUGUCCAAAACAGCGGCCAAUUAGAGGUCACCUCAGAAGAGCGUUGCUCCCAUCUGCCCCAUCCUCCGAGUGCACAGACCUGCUUUUUGAAGAGUUGCGGAGCACAGUGGUACAUGACGGAGUGGAGCUCAUGUUCUCGUUCUUGUGACGGAGGCUUCCGAGUGAGAGAGGUCCGCUGUUUGCAAGAUGAUCUGACCACCAGCCACAACUGUGAUCCUGCUCUUGAACCUGCAAACAAGGAGAACUGUAACACACACACCUGCACGCCGCUGAUUGAUGAGUCCUGCAGGGAUAUGUACUAUAACUGCGUGGUGGUGGUCCAGGCCCGUUUGUGUGUGUACUCAUACUAUCGCACCACAUGUUGUGCAUCAUGCUCUCGGGUCACUCAGAGAGACACACUGCACAGAACCAGGUGAUCUGCUGCUUUUUGGAACGUGACACCACCGCUUUCCUUUCCUUAGUUUUGAUGUCCUUGUCUCAUGAUGGCAUCAUCCCUGCCUGUUUUCAGCUGGAUCUGACCCUGAGAUGACACCACUGUUCAAAGACUUACAGCACAUGUUCACUGCCCAUAUGUUUUUUAACACACAAAAUGAGAAUGCUCCAUGAGCAAGAGUAUUUAUUGCGAAUAAAAACAACAAGCCUCUUUUA